AUGAGAUCGUGCCCCACUUGUAGGCGGUCAUUCCGUACGCGUCUCUGUCUUCUGAAGCAUCAGAAAAGAGCUCGUGUGGCCUGUCGUCUGCGAUACCGGCCGUUCAAGUGUCGCAGCUGCCGCUGGAGAUUCCAAAUAUGGUCUGCUCUGAAAGCCCAUGUGCACCGCCUGCAUCAGCGAAGGAAGCCAUGUCUGAUAUGUCGGAAGCCCACAGUGAGUCGAUGUUGCUGCGCCCACUCUGCCAAGGAGUGCCGUGAGGCCAUUAAGAAACAUCGAGAGCAGCUGCGCCUGCAGCGUGGACCCCCGAAGGUGAACAGAAAGCAGCCCAAGCCGGUGUGCAGCAUCUGCUCGCAAGAGGUUGGCAACAACUUCCUUCUGAAAGUGCACAUGAAUAAAAAGCAUUUACACCGGCGUGAUUUUUCGUGCGAAAUGUGUGGAUUGGCAUUCUACAGUCAGGGCUUGAUGCAAGUCCACCGAAAAGCGGUCCAUCUAAUGUCUAAGAAAAUCCACUGCAAGGUCUGUGAUCUCACCAUCAAGGAUAAGAGCAAUUAUAGGCGCCACUGCCAGAGCCAGAGACACCUGGAUCAGUUGGCCCAAGAAGCCAAGGACCGGGGCGAAACCUUAGAGAUGAAGUCUUUCAAAAUCCGGAAACCAAAUGUUCCAGUUCACUGUGCGCCGUGUGGUGUCACACUCAAAGGCGAUAUCAAUCAGCAUCUCCAGACUAUUAAGCACAAGCGAAAUUAUACAAAAUCAAAAGCAAUUAAAGAGGAAAGAGAAGAUUCCUUGGAACAAUCCAACGAGCGACAGGAUGCUGUUGGCUCGGAGCCGUGUAGAUUCCAAAAACCCGAAAAAGUGAGCUACUGCGACACCUGUAAUCAUACGAUCAUUGGAACUAUGCACAGGCACUUCAAAUCAAAAAAGCAUAGGGAUAAUUUGAUAAAUGUCCAAGAAAAAAGAGCGACCAAGGGGGAUUCUUAA